AAAUAAACUCAGCCUUAGGAUAAGCAAUCUUUAAUUAACGUUUGAUGCAAAGAUUUUAUUAGUUCGAACCUGCUUCAGGCUCCAUGUCAACAGUUGACUUUGUUCCCUUGGCCAGUGUUUGUAUCUAGUCUGUGUCAACUGGAAUGUUAAAAAAAGCGCCUUCGUUACAGUAAAGAUGAUAAAUGUUCCUCGCAUGCAUUUAGAUAAUCCAUUUGAAUGUUUGUGGCAUUACCCCUGUCCAAGGACGACAUUCUAAAAUUGUUUGCAAGCCGCAGUCCAUGAAGUCUGUAGGAUCAAAAUGUACUCCCCAAUUAUGAACUACAAGAUUGCAACAUCGACAAAGCAAGUAACAGAUGGCCUAUUAUAUGAAACCGUAUUUAUAAAGAUACUUGAAGGCAUAUCAGAAUCAUACGAAUUUAUUUAAGUAUCACAAUAAAGGACAAGAAACUUUGUAAAUAUUUGACUUACUAAUGCAGUUUCUUCACAACACGAUUUGCUAUUAGAGAUUUGCGACUUCUGGGAACCAGUUUGAGAGUUUUAGUACUCAUUGAUGUAGAGAGCAAAAUCAUCAGAAAGAAAACCUAUCUUUCUGUUUCCAGAUUAAAGUUCAAACUAAGGACGAAUUGAUUAUCCGCAUAAAUGCGUAGUUUGAAUUGACCUCAAUAAAUAAAUCUUCAAAUCCAGUUAAAUCAUUCAGAAUUAGAUGUUGAAUCGUGACUUGAAUAAACAUGAAACUUUUAUUGCAUGUAUUUUUAAAAAUCUGUAGUCAACAAAUCAGCAGUGUGAGCGAUCUUAGCAGGAUUUUUCAAAUAACAAAGCUUGUAGUUCGCGCCUUUCAGAUAGGAUGCUUGUGUGUUGUUGAAGGUCCAAUCGGCAGAGAGUGGGGCGGGGCUCCCGAAGUCCAGGUUCUGUAUUAGACCUUCCUUGACAGGGAUUCGUGAAACAGUCGAGGAACCCGAAACAAUGGAGAGAUACGAGGCUGCCAUGGUGCUGGGAGCUCUUGGGAAUGCCAUCGGUUAUUACAACGCUUGCAAUGAGUGCAACAAACCGGGACUAAAACUGACGGAGUCAGAUUUAUCAAGAGAAAUUUACACAAUGAUUUCAAAAUCAGUUCAGUGGCAGGCUCCAUUUGAUACUCUUAUGCACAUAGCAACUGCUGAAGCGUUAAUAUCUGAUAGGGGUUCCGUACAAGAACUGUGCAGCCAGGCAGCGAAGAGAUAUCUCAUUACAUUGCACAGAUAUCAGAAAUGUCAUCCAAAAAUCGUAUCCGAUGGAGCCCAAGUUCAGACAAAUAACUAUGCAUCCAAAGGAUACACUCCCUUCAGUAGAAAAGAACCUAAAUUUGGAGCAGCUGCAAGAACAAUGUGUAUUGGUAUGUGCUAUUCAAAGGCAGAACAACUGAAUGACCUCCUUCAAGCCAGCAUUGAAUGUGGUCGAAUGACGCACAGUAACCCAGCAGGGUUCCUAGGUGCUUUCUGUACAGCACUUUUUAUAUCAUAUGCUGUUCAAGGGAAGCCUAUUGUUCAGUGGGGACAGAAGAUGAUGGAAGUGAUGCCCAUCGCGGAACAGUACUGUGAAACGAAGAUGAAGCACUUUUCAGAUUAUCGUGAAAACUGGUUUUCUUUUGAAACUAGAUGGCAAUUUUACCUUCAGCUGAGGAAAAUUGAGAAGGAUGGCAGUGAUAAUGCAGUAUUUCCUCCAAAUUAUGAUAUCGAAGAGCAAAACAAGCUGUAUAGACGCUGGCGCUCCGAAUCAAGUGGAAUGAGUAAAGGAGUUGAAACAACAUUGAUUGCUUAUGAUGCACUUUUGUUUGCUGGGAGUGAUUGGAGGAAGCUGUGUUAUUCUGCAAUGUUUCACUGGGGGGAAAGUGAUGCAACAGGGGCAAUUGCAGGUUCUCUAUAUGGAAUUCUCUAUGGAUUUGACAAUGUCCCUGUGAGUCUUUACCAGAACCUAGAGUUCAGAAGCCAUCUAGAACAACUGGGGAGGCUGCUGUACCAGGUUGCUACUGCAGACAGGAUUGUGUGUGUCAAUGCAGAUCACAGACAAGGAAAUAAGUCUUUAGAUGUCCGUCCAAUUGCCAGGGUGUUUGUGAACAAGCGCAGAAACGAGGAAAUCAACAAUCUGAUUAAUUACAUAGCUCAGCUUGAAAAAGUAAAGAAUACAAACACCAAAGAUUCUAUACACCCGACGAAUAAGUUAGUUACUGCACAUGUCACCAGCAAGGCAAAAGCAUCUAAAACUGAAGAAAAGCUUCGACCCACUAAAUUUCAGCUCCUACAGUCAAGGUUUACAAAGAUCGGUUUUCAAAGUAAACUGGAGAAACUACAGCCUCCCGAGCCUAAAGAAGUAACAGUGUUAGAACAAUCAAAAAGUGCUGCAGAUCCUCAAAGCAUUGUGGCCAAUGUUUCCAGGGUGGACAAAGGAGAUACCAAUGUUAUUGAAGUGCAGAGUCCUACUGACUUGACAGUUAAAGAAAAAUCUGAACUUACAGAUAAUAAAAUGGAAGCUGGUGUUUUUGAAAGACCAACUGCUGAAAGUAAUAUCGAAACUUUAUGUCCUGCUACUGCACAAACCCAUGGUACUAUUUCCAAAUUUCCCACAAUAGACAAAAGAGAUACCAACUUUACUGAAAUACAGACUUUCGGUUUGAAAGUUCAACAAAAAUAUGAACUUCCAGAUGGUAAAGCAAAGGUUGCUACUCUUAGACAAUCAGAUGCAGAACAUAGCACAACAGCUCUUUGUCCAAAUACAUUACAUCCAGUGGUGAUGCAAACACUACAUGCAGAGAAAUUGAAUACUUGUUCAAAUGCUACCAAAAAAACUGAAUUGCAUGUACAACAGGACUCUCACAUUAAAAACAAAGAAAUUAUUCUGAAUAAGCCAGUUGUACAAAUGGUCACUGAAGUGUUAGAUUCAAGUACACAAUUCCAAACUGAUGAUAAGACAAAAGAUAAAUCAACAAAAUCACUCAGGACUGGUAGUGAUGUAAAUGAAAGCUGUGUACAAAAUGUGACUCUUGCUGAAGAUAUAAACCAUAUAUUUCCUUUAGGAGAAGCAAUUACAAACUCUUCAUUAUGUAUUUCCAAAAUAAAUCCUUCUGAAACAACCAAUAUCCAUGAAACCAACUCCUCAAUACCCAAGUAUAAUCCAUUAGGAGACAGCAAGAAGUCUAAUAUUACUAACCUUCCCUAUAUUAUGACUAAUGCUGGACUGUGCUACCCAAUACCAUGCACUGAAGUCUCUUCAUCUAUGAAAAAUGGUAGUAAAGGAAAUCUAACUGAAACAAGGAGGGAAAAUCCAAAAGAAACAAGAAAAUUACCAUCCACAAGCUCAGAAUUACUCUCUGAUACAUGUAAGAUGCAAGCAUUAAAAAAAAAUUCAAAAAAAUCAGAACCUGUUUUCACGACUGAAAUUGUAACUUUGCCAUAUAAUGAAACACAUCAAGCAAAACAAUAUGAAGACCAAAAUAAGCACACCCCCAAUCUGUCUAAUAGCAUGAAUUUUGCAGUUAAACAGCACAGUCUCAUGCUAAAGGAAGAAUCUCCACAAAUACUACUGGAAAAUGCUGAAAAACCAAUUUCACAAAUGAAAACCAUCAAACCGUUCAUCAACUUGUGCCAAAAGGAAAUUCAAGAAGAAAUUAUUCAAAAAACAUCUUCUAAAAUCCUAAUGCUGCCAGACAAUGAAACACAAGAACUUAAAGAAGAAGAUUCUCAAAAUAAACACUAUUUAAAUAAUUCUGGAGAUUUUGUCAACACUACUAAUCCGCUCCAAACUGUUUUACAGGAACAACCUCAGCAAAUACAGAAGGGAAAUGCUGAGAAAAUAGCUAGUUCACAAACAAGAAGCUCACAAUCAUUCACUGAUUCAUGUAAGAAUCAAAUACUGAAGAGAAUUCCCCAAAAAUCAGGGUCUGCGAUCGUUACUAAAACUCAGAUUCUACCAGAAAAUAAAUCAAAAGACAAGAAACAGGGUGACAAUCAACAUAAGUAUAUUCCUUACAAGUUCAGUGACUCAAUCAACUCAGCUGUGCAACUCUCAGUUGUGCAAGAGGAACAGCCUCAAGAAACACUAAAGGAAGUUGCUGAGACAACAAUUUCACAAAUGGAAGGUUCUAAGUCAUUCACUGACUCGAACGAAAAGCAAGAGCUGAAAGAAGUUCAGCAAAAACAACAAUCCGUUAUCACUGCUGAAAUCCUGACACUUUCACCCAAUGAACUGCAUGAAAUAAAAGAUGAUUAUCAACACAAAGACAUACACAAUCAACCUAGGAUUUCAAUUCAUGUAGCUAAACAGGGAGUGUCAGAGGAAUAUCUUCUCGCUGUUGAGCAAGCUACCAAAACUGAGAGUACUUUCUCAGCACAGAACAACUGUCCAGGCAACAUAGCUUAUAACAAAGGUAAACCAUGGAAAUACAAGGCAUAUAGUUAUGCUGACCCUUCAGUGGUUUCAAAAUAUAAGCGUAGAGUAUUUGUGAGGGCUGCUGAUGCAAUACAAUUUUCUUCACCACAAACGAGCCUUGAUUUUCCAUAA